UUCUCAAAUAGGCUGAGACUGCAGUAUAGUAGGUGAUUUCUUUUCUUUCUUUCUCUUCCAGAUCCUUGCUUGUAAAGAAUUGGGAAAUGAACUCGACGAACUUGAUUGUGGAUAGUUAUGAAGAAGCUUUUGCCAAAAACAUUGUGAUUGUUUCUCUUGGUCUUAUCAUUAAUUUCAUUAACGGAAUGCUAAUGGUGACUUUCUUCUCCAAUCCAAUGUUUUCAAGAGACUCCAGAUACAUUUUAUACAUUCACCUGGUAUUCAAUGACAUGCUCAUGAUAUGCAUAUCAGUGACUUUAUAUGUGUUGACCUAUGUUUCACCACUUGUAAAUGCAUCAUUGUGUUGUGUAUUAGUUUUUCUUGGUACGACCACUUUUAUGAUCACUCCACUGAAUCUGGCUGGUAUGGCAAUAGAGCGUUUCAUUGCUAUCUGUAAACCACUGCAUCACUCUCAGAUUUGCACACCACGAAGAACCCACAUCUUUAUAUGUUUGCUGUGGGUUAUAGGGGCCAUACGUUCUAUAACAGAUGUCAUUAUUUCACUUUUAACUCAACCCGUAUCUUUCUUCAGAUCAUUUAUACCUUGCUACCCAAAUUAUUUGUUCCCUUCCAAAAGCCACCAGUACAACACCAUUGCUUCACAAGUCAUCUGUAUGUCAUUGGUGUGGAUAAUUCUCAUUUAUACUUAUUGCAGAGUCCUGUUCACUGCCAGAAAGGCUGAUUCAAAGGGUUCAGCAAAUAAGGCUCGGAGUACAAUAUUGUUGCAUGGUGUCCAGUUACUUCUUUGUAUGCUUUCCUAUAUCACUCCUUUUAUGUUUAUGAUUACUACUCCUUUUUUUCGUCUUCACCAAACUAAGAUCACUUUCUGCAUUUAUCUGUUUACUAAUAUUUUGCCAAGAUUACUAAGUCCUUUGAUAUAUGGGGUCAGAGACCAGAAGUUUGUGAAACAAAUGAAGGAAUACUUUACUUGCAAUAUUGUUAUUGUAAAGAUAGUACCAUCAUAACUGUGAAUUUUAUUUGGCUAAAAUUUCUUAAGAAAUAAUUUGAUGAGAAAUUGAUUUGUGUUUCUUUAAUUAUGACGUUUGUUUUAUUUGAGAUUUGAGAACAUCAGUGAGAGCAGAAGCUCUCGUGUGUAUGAAUGUCACUGAAUUAGAAUCACUGAACGCAAAUACAGUACAAACAAAUGAUGAAUGAACUUUACUCAGAAAAAACUUAACUUUUUUAAUCAGCGGGUGUUUUAGUGAUUUUUAAUUUUAGUGGAUGUAUGAAAUCUGUUCAGCUCAAGUUCACAAAGGUGUUAAUAAUCACAUUAACUAUGGGAAGAACCCACAAAUUUUGUCUUUAUUUUGAACAACCUCUAUUGCUUUAUCAGU